UUGUUGAAAAUGGGUGAAUCUUCUAUGUGGGGUGUUGAGAAUGCGAGUGGGAUACCUGGACUGCACUCGUACGAGUCUGAUGCGGCGCUGGCCGCUGUGGAGUUGUUCACGGGCUACGACCAGCCUUUACUGCGCUUCGCCUACAUCAGCUGCAUGGUCUUCAUGCUCAUCGGCAUCCCUGGGAACCUCAUCACCAUCAUUGCACUGGCAAGAUGCAAGAAGGUCCGCAAUGCGACAGCCUUCUUCAUCAUCAACUUGUCCUGCUCCGACCUGCUGUUCUGCUGCUUCAUCCUGCCACUAGCUGCCUCCACAUUCUACAACAGAUCCUGGGCUCAUGGCAAGAUCCUGUGCUACAUGUUCCCGUUCGCCAGAUACGCACUGGUGGCAGUCUCACUGUUCACCGUCUUGGCCAUCACGAUCAACAGAUACGUGAUGAUCUCCCAUCCCCGGCUCUAUCCCAAAUUGUACACAACCAGAAACAUCUGCUUCAUAACGGCAGGCAUUUGGAUCUUCUCAUUCAGUGCGUUGUUACCCACGUGCUUCGAGGUUUGGGGCGAGUUCAGCUUGGACCCCAUCACUGGUUCCUGUACCAUCGUCCCUGAUGACAACCAACAUUCACCUAAGAAAUUCCUUUUCAUCAUCGCUUUCAUCUUUCCGAGUCUGGCAAUCAUUUUGUGCUAUGCCAGAAUAUUGUGGAUUGUUAGAAAAACCGCAAAAAAGUCACGGAACCCUUCUACGCAAAUGAAGUCUUUAAGCAUGAGUACCACGACAAUAGCAACUAGAUCUAUAGAUUUGGACAAACGCCCACCCAGGUACACAGUGCCCUCGUUUCCCAUGAACUGCUUCAUACACACCGCGGCUGAAUUAUCGAGCGAUAGUUCCACACCAUCGGAUACAGAGAGACAGUCUGUGGCACCGCAGGACAAUACGCCACAAUUUGGACAUGAUAAUAAAAACUUCCGUAGAAGCUUUAUAGCUACGAUGAGAUGGACCACAAUACCUGCGAAGCCACGUCUUCCGACAAAGAAAGACAAGAAGUUACUGACUAUGAUAGUAGCUAUCAUGGUCUCAUUUUGCGUCUGUCACUUACCCAUCACCCUUAUGAAGACAAUAUUCUUUGAGACGACGACACACUCAGUAGCAAACGUGUUCGGGUAUGUACUCAUUUAUUUCACGACAUGUGCGAACCCCGUCAUUUACGUUGUCAUGUCCAAUGAAUACAGACAAGCAUACAAAAGUGUAUUUAAAUGUAAACGAUGAGAUUGUUUUCUUUUUUUAUUCGUGUAAAUACUCAAUAGUGUUAUAUCUAAGUGCGAUAUUAACGAAAAUUGAAUGCUGUUCGACAGUGAUAAAGUCCUUAAUCGAACGGUUUAGAUUUGAGAUAAAGAUUGUCAUAGCAGUUUACUCGUACCAACUUGGAUCUCGUGAUAUUUGGGUAUCUCUCUUAUAAAAAGUACCUAAUUGAAAAUAUUCUAAUCACCAUAACCAUAAUUUAUUACAUUCCGAUUUAAAUCAACAUAUUAUGUAGCUAACGUUGCCAUAUGAAUAACUUUCAGCUGUCUAAGUCAAUACGAGUCGAUUCUAUUUGUCUAAUACAUGUAAAUAUUUAUGAACUAAGCUUUAGCAAUAAUUUGUAGCGAAAACCUUUACUUAAGAUAAUUAGAAAGCAAUGGAAAUUAGUCAGAUAUGUCGUAUGUAUACUAUUAGAUCGAAAACAUCAUAAGAACUUGGAAAUAGGUAAACGAACAUUUUCACUACUAUCUACUAGUAAAAAAGUAUACUACAUCAGUGUUUUGACUUCAAAGAGUUAAUCGUUAUUUAAUCGAAUAAUAAAUUAUUCAACAGUAUUUAAUGUUAAAAGAAUUAAUCAAUCAAAAUGCUUAUUGAAACGUAUACCAAAAAAAUAAAAAUGAACUGAAGCUUGUUACCUCCAUUUACCUACGAAUAGUUUAUACAAUUCUACGAUAAUACAACUUAAAUAAUAUUGACAUACGAAUAUACCAUUAAGGAUAAUGUCUAAGGUAUUAUGAUAAACGUAGACAUUUUUUAUAUGAAGAAAACAAAAUAAAAGAGUUCUUGGGUGGAAUUAAUAAAAAAAAUCGGAGACCUCUUAAUUAAAGUUGACUAUUGUUUGCCUCGGCCAUAAUGACGUGUUCGUACAGUAAUCGCGGUCAAAAUUCUACGUAAUGAUCAUAGAAAAUAUACCUUUUAUUUUGCAACUCUACUCCCAAGGAAUAGAGUUGAAAAUGGGUUAUAUGAGUAAGGGUCUGAUGGGUACAAUACUUCCUUAAGCUGCGGUUGACGUAUGAACGCGAAUUGUUGUUUGCCGAAGCAAAUAAUAGUCACCUGUACGUUGUUUGUUUUAUGAUAUUUGAUUUAAUGAUUCAAUUACAGAAUUGCUUACCUUUUUAUUCGAAUGAGUAUGAAACUUACAGAAUAUUAUAUUACUUUUUAUUACCGUGUCUAGUAAUAGUAAUCAGUUUAUAUCAAUUGUCAUAAAAUGAACAGUAAAAGGUGUUUCGUACUAGCGUACAAUAUCAACGUGUGAUAUUAAUGUAAAUAAGGAGGAUGUCAAAGACAUAGCUAAUUAAAGUUUCGGUAACGGUUAAUAUUGAAUCGAAGACGGUGCUGUUUCAUUCGAUUGAAAUUGAAUAUAACAGAAAUGGAAGCAAGUUUCUCGUGAGAAUAUUAUUGUAAUUAAAUCUUAGAUUAAAUACAGAUACGUUAUUUUUCAAUUUUGAGAAUAAAUUCUCUCUAAAAUGGCAGCCUUUUGCUUCGAACUCGUUCUUAGUUAAGUCAUAAAAUUAAUAUAGAUUGUAAACUAUUGUAAAACAUCGCUUUGAUUCAACAAAAUAUGUAAAGACGACCAUUCCAAAUGAUUGUCGGUUUUUGACAAAAUAUUAAAAUGUUACUAGAGUCUAGAGUUAAAUGUUUUGUAUGAUAGAUUAUAUGAAAUAAUUAUAACACAUAAGUCUUAACCGAAGAUUACCCAAAGAUGUUAUACCUAAUUGUAUAUAGGAAAGUUUAUUUAGUCAAUAGACGAUUUGUACUGUAUUUAUAUGUAAUAAGAUAGCAUUUAGAAUAAACGAUUUUCUUUGAACAGAAUCUGGAAAUCGAUUGAGCUGAUUUUCAGUGUAAAAGUUGGAACGUGUUUUGUUUACAUUAUAAUCUUUGGUAGCGAACGAAUGUAGGAUAAAUAAGUUGUAAAGUUUGACAUGGGUCUGAUAGAAUAAAUUUUGUUAUAAUUUUGAAUAAGUACCACUGAAUAUGUAAUACUUUAUCUCCUUGAAACAACAUGAAAGCUUUUCAACAGUUAAAGAACAUUGUGGAAUGUUCUAAAGUACUGAAACGAUAUCAAAUGGUUGACUGAAUUUGUGCGAAAACUGUCACACUUAGUCUUUAUUUAGUGCUUCAGACGAUCCUUUAACAAGAGCCCGCGUUUCAAGUUACCUUAAUUAAAGCAAUUAUUGGGAUUUUCGAAUUCGAAUUUCUCAAAAGUCUGGAAUGUUUUAGUGAUAGUUUAAAGUGAUGUUUUUAAUGAUUGCAGACGAUAUUCAGAUUACUGUAAACUAAACAAUGUGGUAAUCUAAAUUAACUUAAAUCUAAAUUAAAUUAAGUCUAUAUAGGGUACUGUUAAUUAUUGAAGGUUAUUUAAACACACAAAACAACAAAAUUUCAUUAGCACGCGCGCGUAAAGUUCCAAAAUACCUAACGCGCGGGCGCCUCGCUGCUAACAGCUGAUCAUGCGAAAACACGAGCGCUAAUUUUGUUGUAUUGUUAUUGUGAUAAAAAUAAAACGAUACAUCCUACACUAAUGACCAGUCACCCUAUAUAAUCUUUUCAGUCAACCAUAGGUCACAGAAAUAUUGUUUUAUACCACUAUACAUUUCAGAAUUGAUAAUUCAGGACUUAUUUGAAAUCGAAGUUGAAAUCUUUCACUACCAGUUAGCUUUAUUUUUGUGUACAUCCUAAGCUAAAUUAAAUAAGAAUGAAUCCAAAUAGACUUAUUAUGAUUAUUAUUUAUUUUAGUUAUUCUUGGGUUUAGUUGUGACCAUAUUAUUGCCAAGCAGAUAAUGCAGAUGAUAUUUUUAUCUCUUCAAUUAUAUAUUAGACACAAAUAAAAAAUAUACAUUAUCUCGCUUAUAUUAUCCAUAUUGCGGCAAAAUUCAAACUAAAAUAUACCUAAUUGCUUUCUAUUACGUCACAGAUUACCUAACAGUUUUUAAAUGCAAUAAUAUUGUCACAGAUUGUAUUGUAUAGAAAUUAAUGUUAUGUUUAAAUACUCUUUUGUAUAAUGUGUGAAGACGAAUGGAACACCAAGACGUAGGUACCAAAGAACCAACUCCAGGGGCCACACCCUUAAGCCAUUGUACUUACCAAAGAUAUAAAUAAAAAUAAAUUAUAAAAUAUUACACUAUA